GCAAAAACCUUUCUCAUUACAAACUGCAUGUGCAUCGACCCGACCCGACACAACCCGACCCACAUUUCUCACCCGUUUCGUUUCUUUCUGCUCCCGCCGCCGUGAAACAAACCGAGAUUCUUCGCAUGCCGAUGACGAUUGCGGUAGCUCCAUCACGCCAAACAGAUCGACCAGCCUCUGCUUUCGCGACGGCGGCGAAGACGGUUCCGCCGGUGGCCGUCAUCUCCGACGGACAGGGGAAGGAUGCGUUGAUCUCGUGGUUCAGAGGCGAGUUCGCCGCCGCCAACGCGAUAAUCGACGCCAUGUGCUCGCAUCUCAGGGAGGCCGUUCCUGGAUCGGAGUACGACGCCGUCUUCGCCGCGAUCCAUCGCCGGCGUCUGAACUGGAUCCCUGUUCUUCAGAUGCAGAAGUACCAUUCCAUCGCUGAGGUGGCGAUCGAGCUGCAGAAGCUGGCGGCGAAGAAGGCGGAGGAUCUGGAGGAGGAGAAAACAGAGACGGCGGAGGAUCUGAAACAGAGCCAAACAGAGACGGCGGGGAUGAAGGACGUUUGUUUUAACGGUGAGAAGUUGACGGAAAGUGAACUUAACGGAGACGUUGAAGACGAUUCUCCGAGUAGUGAUAUCACUGAUUCAGGUUCUCAUCAGGAUGUUCACCAAACUGCUGCUGUGGAUACUCCACAGAUUAUAUGUCAGAACCAUGAAGAUUGUGAUGCAAGGUCAACUGAGAUCAAACCUAUCAAAGGUUUCCAAGCUAAAGAGCAAGUGAAAGGCCACACUGUGAAUGUUGUGAAAGGACUAAAGAUGUAUGAAGAGUUACUAAAAGAAGAUGAGUUAACCAAACUGAUAGACCUUGUCGCUGAUCUCCGAGAAGCUGGCCAAAACGGGAAGCUUUCAGGUGAGACCUUUAUCUUGUUCAACAAACAGAUAAAAGGGAACAAGAGAGAGCUGGUUCAGCUUGGUGUCCCAAUCUUUGGCCAUGUGAAAGAUGAAAACACCAACUCUGUUAACAUCGAGCCAAUUCCACCACUUCUCGAGAGUGUCAUUGAUCAUUUUGUCACAUGGAGACUCAUCCCAGAAUACAAGAGACCAAAUGGAUGUGUCAUCAACUUCUUUGAAGAGGGUGAACACUCACAGCCUUUCCUGAAACCACCUCAUCUUGAACAACCAAUCUCCACUCUUGUUCUCUCUGAAUCCACAAUGGCCUUUGGACGUAUUCUCUCUAGUGACAACGAAGGCAACUUUAGAGGACCUUUAACUCUUCCUCUCAAACAAGGAUCUCUGUUGGUGAUGAGAGGAAACAGUGCAGACAUGGCAAGGCAUGUAAUGUGCCCAUCACAAACCAAAAGAGUAAGCAUCACAUUCUUUCGUGUACGCCCUGAAAUAAAUCACAACAGUCCUCACAAUGACGGUGUAAUGACAAUGUGGCAACAACAACCAUGUCACUACCCAAUGGCACCAACUCCAUACCUCAAUGGCUAUGAUCAUUCACUUGAAUUGAUGCCAAAACUUGGAGUCCUUCGUCCACCAAUGGUCAUAAUGGCACCACCGCCGGUUCAACCAAUGGUACUGUCAAGUCCCAAUGUGAUGGGAACCGGUAAUGGUACCGGUGUUUUCUUACCAUGGGCCUCAACUGGCUCCAGAAAACAUGUGAAGCAUUUGCCUCCACGCGCGCAGAAGAAGCGAUUGCUUCCUCUUCCUCCUCCUCCUACUGCUUCUCCUGCUGGAGAAUCCACCUCUGAGCCUGUGAUCAGUGUAGGUGGAGCCUGAGCCUAAAGCCAAGCCACUUCGAUCUGGUCCCAUGUCUCAGCCAUGUUCUGUUUCUUCUCUUUUGUUCCUGUCUUUUCUUUCUACAUAUUCAGUUUUUAGGUUUUUUUUUAACUCAGGGCUUAUAGAUAGAACUAUGUUUCUUAAAUCUCCAGAGCAUGUGUUCUCUUCUGUUUUGUUUUUAUGUACUAUUUUAUUUAUCAGUCUAUAUUCUCAAGAUUUUACUUUCCA